AUGACUGUGUUUAUACUAAAUAAGACUAAGAAUAAAAAGCUCAUCGUAACCACAAUUUUGUAUGACCCUUUCCUCAAGCUGGUCGAUUCGAACGAAACCCUGCAGGGAAACGAACGCUAUGAAGGAUACAUUGCCGAUCUCAUACUCAACGUGGCAGUACAAGUAGGGUUUGAUUACGAGCUUCAACUUGUGCCUGACAACAAAUUUGGCAGUUUGGAACCUAACGGUACCUGGACUGGCAUGAUGAAGGAGCUCAUUAACGGGAAAGCGGACAUUGCUGCUGCUCCUUUCACUAUGACUGCAGUUCGAGCAACAUAUGUAGAUUUCACUGUGCCUUUCAUGAGCACUGGUCCUGUUAUUGUGAUGCGAAAGCCAAGCACUCGCUACAGCUCGGCCAUCUGGACACGUGUUUUGCGUCUGUUGUUUCCGUUCGGAGACAUGGUCUGGUUGACCAUUUUGGUUGCUUACAUCGUCACCGGUUUCUUUCUUUACAUCGUCUCCUACUGCAAUCCCUAUGAAUGGCGCCAUAUGGCGCGCGAUGGCAUGGCGUCGAUCAGGGAAGGUGAAUCUUUCACCUGUAUGAACACAUACUGGUUCUUGCUAGGCACAAUAAUGUGGCAAGGAUUUGUCCGUGCUCCCAGAUCCCUUGGAGGUCGAAUCAUCACAGGGUUCUGGUGGGUGUUUGUCGUCUUCACUCUCAUCACUUACACAGGAGCGUUGACCAACUUUCUCCGCGUGUUCAAAGAAUCUGAUAUGUUCAAACCAGCCGUACAUAGUUUCGAAGAAUUAGCUGUGUCCAAGCUUCGAGUAGGAGCCAUUGAAUCUGGGUCAACCAAGAUGUUCUUUCAACAUAGCAGACUUCCAGUGUUUCAAAAAAUUUACGAAAAACUGAGGUCUUCCAAUGAUGAAGUUUCAUCGACGGCAGCUGGGUUAGAAAAGGUACGGAAUGACAGAGAUUAUGUGUUUAUCAUGGAGUCGGUGAGUGCAGAGUAUUUGGCAAGUCAACAUUGUGACCUGCUGUACACAGAACAUACCGCAGCACAGUUUAUGAUGAGUCUUGGGCUACCCCUGGGAUCACCUUACCGCGAUAGAAUCAGCUUGGCCAUGCUAGCUUUACGUGAAUCCGGCAAAUUACAGACUUUAAAGGAACGUUGGCUGGACGCAGGAAGGUGUGAUUACACAGCCACGAUUCCUCGUCAUCCACAAAUAACCUCCACGUCAGAAUACUUCAUCCAAGUUGACAUUGCCACAUUUUCAGGCGUGUUAAUUCUACUGGCCAUUGGGAUUGUCUUAGGCUGCCUCGUUACAGCAAUUGAGAUCUGUCUCUUCAAGGUAGCCGAAAAAGUGGUAGAGGAAGAGGAGUUGAUUGAUACAUCACCUGCACAGGUUAAGAAGGAAUCUGAUGUGUGAUCUUACAAUCAUCAAAGAACGGUAACUCUUCCUACCCGAGUCAGUAGGCAUGCCCUCAUCGCUGGAGGAAAACACAACUAUUGAAAACCAAGCUGCUAAAAUCUGUUAAUUGUCUGAAAUGCGGUGGAUACUUCUGUAUAGCGCUUUUGUAUGGGCCUUGUGAUGAUAGACAAAAACAUGUUAGAAAGACGGGCGUCGAAGAACGCGCAUAGACGAAUUUCACUUGGUGCUAGUUUGCAAACGUAACUAAAUUUGAAAUGCAGAUAGUGUUGAUUGUAAAUUGCCAGUGUGAACUGAUUGAGAGCCUAAUUAAGCUGAUUUUGGACUUUGAGUUGCAAAAUGCCGAAGAUUUUCAAGUCACAAAGAUCAUGCCGAAUUGGGUUCGUCAUACAGAGCCAAGGCGGGUUUCUAAACCGAGCAUUUUUUGUCUCUGUUUUUUUUUUCUUCUUACCUGUAGAUCGCAUAAAUUCCGUAAAAGGAACAUGUUGAUGAAAGAAAAAACGACACAGGUAAACAACUUGUCUCUUCCGAUACAUUUAUCACAUACAUUUACCC